AUGCAGUCCUCCCUAAACAACUGGCUCAAGAAGCCAAGCCUCGAUAAACAACCCGCGCCGCCCUCAAACGCUCCUCCAAUGGCAUCAUCAAAGACAAACCGGCCACCGCCUCCCCCAAAGUCUGUCUCUGCGCCGACGCGCGUUCCCUCUAACCCGACCCCUACGCCUUCGAACAUGGAGAACUGGAACGAUAUACCCGACGACUUCCUCCAAGCACCCUCAAAACCGCGAUCAAAGAAGAGCCCUCGUCCCUCUCGAACAGUCACGCCUGCUAUCUCGCGCAUACCUUCACCCAUCACCCUCUCUACCCAACAGCCAGCCAUCCCGAAGCUCUUCGACCUACGCCCUCUACCGCCGAACGUCCAACUUGUACCCCUGACCGAAGACUUGCUACCAGCAUUCAAGCGCCUGAAUACCCUCACUCUCCCCAUAUCCUACCCAGAGACCUUUUACAAGGAAACAAUGACCGAGCCACACCACGGCAUUACCCUCGUAGCAGUAUGGCACUCGUCGCCCGCGAAUGCCACCUCAGCAUCUCCCACAGAGAAACCACAUCUCGUUGGUGCCGUCCGAUGUCGCAUACUUCCUUCCUCGAACCUAUACAUCUCCACUAUUGGCGUCCUAGCUCCCUACCGCUCCCACGGCAUCGCUAUGCAUCUUCUACAGACGAUAGUCAAAAAAGCUGUCGAGCUUCACAGUGUACGCUGUGUCACAGCACAUGUGUGGGAGGCCAAUGAGGAAGGCAUGGAAUGGUACAAGAAGCGGAACUUUGAGAUACUCGAGAGAGAAGAGGGAUACUACAGGAAGCUGAGACCACAGGGCGCCUUCCUUGUGAGGAAGUGGAUUGGUGUUGGAGACCUUCUGGGAAAUGGCACUCAGCAAGAGAAUGGAGCAGGCGGUGAAUGA